AUGCACAAAUUUCCCAACGGCGCUCUCAAAGCGGUAGCACAUGCAUCCCGUUCCCUCACCGAUGCUGAAAAAUGUUACGGACAGGUGGAGAAGGAAGGUCUAGCCCUGGUAUUAGCUGUAACGAAGUUCCACCGGAUGUUACUUGGACGCAAGUUUACGCUACAAACGGAUCAUCAGCCGCUCUUGAGGAUAUUUGGAUCGAAAAAGGGGAUUCCAAUCCACACCGCCAAUCGCUUACAACGCUGGGCACUGACGCUUCUGUGUUACGAUUUUGACAUCCAGUAUGUAUCCACCACCCAGUUCGGAAAUGCCGAUGUUCUUUCCCGUCUCAUCAGCGGCCAUUCAAGACCGGAGGAAGAUUUCAUCAUCGCUUCGAUCCAACUGGGAGAUGACAUUGAAGUACCUCUUCAAGAAGCAGUUGGAUUACUUCCUGUGACGUUUGACAUGGUACGUAGCACUACAACGAAUUGCUCCGUUCUCCAGCAAGUUGUCAAGCACAUUGAAAAUGAAUGGCCUACUCACAUCAAGGACAUUACAAACCCCGAUGUUCGACCGUUCCACACCCAUCAGGACGCCCUGGAAUUGGUAAAGGGAUGUGUUAUGCUUGGAAACCGAUUGGUGAUUCCUGAAACAUUGCGAAAACGGAUUCUGAAGCAGCUCCAUAGAGGACAUCCAGGGAUGGAAAGGAUGAAAGCUCUCGCUAGAAGUCAUGUCUACUGGCCCAAGAUCGACGACAGCAUUUCCGAUUACGUCAAGCAGUGCGACAUCCACAUAGAUUUUGCUGGUCCAGUCAACGGCCUGCAUUUUCUAGUGGUAAUCGACGCCUUUUCCAAGUGGCCGGAAAUCAGCAUUGUACGCUCACCGACCACAGCAGCAGUAAUCAAUUUCCUGGACGAAGUGUUUGCUCGCUUUGGAGUUCCAACCACCAUCGUAUCCGAUAACGGCACACAAUUUUCAUCGGCGCAGUUCGCGGAAUUCUGCAAGAAGAACGGAAUCCAACAUUUGAGAAUCUCUCCGUAUCAUCCGCAGUCGAACGGCCAGGCGGAACGCUUUGUAGAAACCUUGAAGACGGCGUUGCUCAAGAUUAACGAGGAGGAAAAGAUCUCCGAAUCACUGCAAAUCUUCCUUCAAGCCUACAGAACAACCCCAAGUCGUACCCUGAAUGGAAAAACUCCGUCACAGCUGAUGAUCGGAAGGAACAUGCGAACAGUCCUGAGUCUACUCCAACCACGACAGCCGAUGACCCCAAUCAUUAAUCAACGACAAAAUGACCAGUUCAACCGGAAACAUGGCGUAGUACCUAGGAAUCUACAAGCUGGUGAUGCAGUUUAUGCCGAGGUCUACCAAUCCAAUUCGAAAUGGAAAUGGGCUCCCGGAGUCAUUAUUGAAGCCAUUGGGCAAGUAAACUUCAACGUUCUAUUGGACGAAUGGCAUGGCCGACGGAAGUUGAUCCGUUCACAUGCCAACCAAAUCAAGCAUCGCUUUGACGACCAACAACCAACAAAGGAACCAACGGAGAAAUCUUCCCUCAACAUAUUCAUGGACGAGUUUGGACUGCAGGAUAACUUCCAACAAAAUGAAGUCACAACCGUUGCUCCUCCAGAACCAGCACCAGACCAAGAAGUUUUCAUUGAUGCCACUGAUGAUGACGAAGCACUACCAGAAAUUGAAGUAAGCCUGCCGGAAUCAAUUCAGCAUCCACAACCUGAUGAGGAAGCCUCUACGAGUCGGCCCAGGCGAAUGAUCCAGAUGCCAUCUAGACUGGAACCUUUCCUAGUAUUCUGGAAAUAA